ACGUUCGUUCACCGAUCUCGUUCAGAUUCUCCUUCGCCCGAUUCCCCGGUUUCGUUCGACGCGGAUGGUGGGAUCGUUUUGAAUAGGAAAUAAUCUUCCAUAACGGCCAGAACCGUCGAAAAUCGAAAUAUGGCCAAGAUAUUCGAACAGGAGCUGCCAGGCGAAGGAUCCGUUCUUGUGGCUGUCGCUUUCAACGUGCACGGCACUCGGAUGGCUACCAGCACCUCUGACAGAGCCGUCAAGAUUUGGGAUUAUGAUGGUUCAGAAUCAAAGCCAUGGAAAAGUGUAGCUGUUUGGAAAGAUGCGUAUGGCACUGUAUCCCAUUUGUCCUGGGGACAUCCACAAAUAGGCCAAUUCCUUGCAAUGUCCUGCUGUGACAGAAGAAUCAUUAUUUGCAAAGAAAUGUCUUCCAAGUCUAAUUCUAUAUAUUUAGAGCUCCAAUCGUGGAAAAAUGUAUUUACAAUUGUUUUACCACAUUUCCCGGCUACAGAUAUACAGUUUUCACCUAUUGAAAUGGGCUUGAUAUUAGCUGUAAGCACAACAGAUGGAAAAAUAUGGCUGUAUAGUGCGCCUUCAGACAAUCUGUAUAAUUGGGAAAUGGUUCAAUCGGUUUAUAUUCCUUUCAAAUGUACAAAGUUAAUAUGGAAUCCUUCAUAUAAAAGAGAAAAACUCCCGAAAAAUAGAUCUAUUAUUAAAGUACAUCAAGAACAAAAGAAACGCCCACUUCCUAGAGAUUAUAUAAGGAACGCUUUGAGAAUAGGAAGACCAACAAGAACAGCAUAUGAUCCUAAUGAGCUACCCAAAAUGCCAUUCGUCCCCACUGACAACGACCAAUAUAUUUUAAUCCCGCAACAUCAAAUGUUAGCUGCUAUAUCUGAUGAACCUUCCAAAAAUGGCAAAGGCCUAAUUAGUUUUGUUCAGUACUUCCCGGCAGCAAAACAGUGGUACCCUUUGUCUGUGAAAUUCGAUGGAAAAGAGCCAGUUUAUGAUCUUUCUUUCAUACCGAGGCUAAAUAGGUGUUACGAUAUGUUUCUUGUCGCAAGUGGUCAAAUUCAUCUUUACACACUGUUUCAAAUUUUAAAUAAGAAUGGCGUCGUUCGCUACCAACUCAAUUUAAUCAACACAUUCGCCAAUGAAAAGGAGGGAAUAUUUAAAGUUAGCUGGGACCUCAUUGGUAGUUCUGUUUUCUCGGCUGGAACCGACAAAAGUAUACGCCUCUGGCGAGAAAAUGAGAAACACAAAUUCAUUAAUACAGCUGUAGUGACACCAUCAUAAGGCCAGCUCAAGAAAAGUUAAAUUUAAACUUAAUUAUUUUUUACUGUGUAAAAUAUAUAAGGCCGGCUCAAGAAAAGUUAAAUUUAAACAAUUAUUUUUUACUGUGUAAAAUAUUUAAUAUGCAAAACUUUUAUUUUUUUAUUAUUACAUUUUGUAAUUAAUCAUAUAUCAUCAUUGUCAUUUUCAACUCUAGUUUUAUCUUUUUGCAGAAAGCUAUUUGCAUUUUGUUAAAUAAAAAAUGAUAAAAUGCGA